UCGUUCAAUAAACACACAACUUUUACGGAAAUGUUGUCGAAGAAAACGUUUCUUUUUUUCGUAAUAUUGACCUUGUUUGGCAGGUUCUCCGGUUCAGGUUUUGACGACUUAUUAAGAGAAUCGAAUAAAAUUGAAACUGAAUCUGCCAACGACAUAGAAGUAACCAAACAGUUGUACGAAAAGGUUUUACGCGAACAAGUUGUUUUAGAUAAGUUAAAGCAGAGCCUAAGAAUCCAUUUGCGGAAGGAACACUCUCAGCUCUUGGUCAAGAUUUUGUGUGGCGGUAAUGUGGCGGCAGUCAAACAAGAAAUCGGGAACCAAGUUAACACAAUGUUGGAGGAAUACGAAACACAAUUGAUUGAUGAUAUUCUCUAUGAUGCUAUGACUGGUAUCUAUGGUUGCAGAACUCCACUUCAGACACUGGAGUUAAUACAGGCAAUAUAUCAAGGCAAUGCAGAUAAAAAAUUCGUUGAAUUAAUGGUGAAGUCGCAACUUAUAAAUUAUCAGAAUACCAUUCAGAGAAUGCAAACAAAUAAAGCUGAUUAUCAAAGAAAAUUCGCCAUGGUCCUGAAUAAAAUUAAACAAGAAAAAAUCUACAAGUCUUUGAAUGCUGAGCUCAGGCAAAACAUCAAUGUCCACAUACAAGAACUACCCACAAAUUUACAUUACCUCUUAUUUCGCAGUCACUUCUGUCUCAUGAAUUUGAAAUAUUCAGAAUAUUUGUAUACAACAGUUACGCCAAAUAGUAUUGAUCCCUCAAGUCGUCAUGUUUGGUUGUGGUAUGAAAAAUUGAGCAUUAAUUAUAUGGGUUUGAUUACAGCCAAAGUAAGCGAGCGGAAUACGAGAAAUAAAACAAAAUUUUUGGUCGAAUUAAAAAGCACUAAGUUCGAUAAAUUUUAUUAUAUUAUGCCGGACUCGAAAAUGAUUGCAAGCUGGGAAUUUCACUCUGAGCCAGAAAAUUCUAUUUGGGAAAUUGAUUUUAUCGAUAAUGAUCUUGUCGUUUUUUAUCAAGGCGAUUAUGUAAUGUGCUCAACAGAGGAAAAAUAUGACGACCACAGGCGAAAAGUAACAGCCUUCAAAAAUGGAAUUUAUAAUUUUACAUCACCUGAAUGUCAAUGGUUGUUGGGUCAGUGUGAUCGCAGAACUAAUGUCAUAUGAGUGCAAUGCAAACAAAUUGUGGUCGAUUUAUUAUGAAUAACUUCAAUUGAAAUAAAAUAUAAUUGUAAUAAUUAUAAACGUUUUAUUUUGACCUGUCAAUAACCGUAGAAAAUUAGAGUUUAUAUUGAGAGUUUAUGUGGAGUAGAUCAUACAAACUCAGCUCGUUUUUGUGAAUGUGAAUGGCUUUAAAGCAGAUGUAGUAUGAAAUCAAAGAGAACUAAUAUCCUAAUAUGAACCGAUUUUAAAAAAUGAUGUCGUAUUUCCUUCCAAUCAAUAGAAA